AUGUGGGCGACCCAGAGCCAGACAGAGCCACAGUGUCCCCAGACCACGUCCUUCCAGAGCUGGAGGAUGAGCCUGAACCUCUGGAGACGACCCAACCCAGGGCUGAUCCGAAUGCCGCAAAGCAACGGCUUCCACUUCUGCGGCGGCUCCCUGAUCAACCAGAACUGGGUGGUGACAGCUGCCCACUGCCAAGUCAGAGCCGGGACUCACUUUGCCAUCCUUGGGGAGUACGACAGGAGCUCCGGAUCUGAGCCAGUCCAGGUCAAGUCCAUUGCCAAGGCGAUCACCCACCCCUACUGGAACGCCAACACCAUGAACAACGACAUUACCCUGCUGAAGCUCGCCUCCCCCGCCCAGCUGGGUGCCCGCGUGUCCCCCGUCUGCCUGGCUACAGCCAGCGAGUCGCUCGCAGCCAACCCCACCUGCAUCACCACCGGCUGGGGGCGGACCAGCGGCACCGCGAGCGGUGGGGCCGUCCAGCUGCAGCAGGUGGCCCUGCCCCUGGUCACGGUGAGCCAGUGCCAGCAAUACUGGGGCAGUCGCAUCACCAGCUCCAUGAUCUGUGCUGGGGGGGCCGGCGCCUCCUCCUGCCAGGGGGACUCGGGCGGCCCACUCGUGUACCUGAAAGGGGGGGCCUGGACCCUGAUCGGGAUCGUCUCCUGGGGAACUAGCAACUGCAACGUCCGGGCGCCCGCCGUGUACGGCCGAGUCAGCGCCUUCCGCACCUGGAUCGACAGCGUCCUGGCCUCCAACUAG